UGGUUAAGACAUGUAUAUAAAUGACUGUGGUGGAUCUCGAAGAAGCAUCUUACAACCAGGAUGAGUGCAACAUAUGGCCUUUUGCUCACAGUGGCCUUAACAAGCCUGACACUGACUGGAAUAUAUGGAGCUGAUAUCAUCAAUGGGAAAAAAGCCAAGAAGAACUCCCUGCAGUACAUGGCAUCAGUGCAGGUUGACGGAAAGCACAAAUGUGGAGGAUUCUUGAUCGAUCCAAGCUACGUGCUUACAGCUGCACACUGUGAUCAAACGGGCAACAUGACUGUGAUACUGGGUGCCCACAACAUCAAUCCAUACAGAAAACAUCUGCGAAGGUACACUGUGCAAAAUAAACACAAGCACCCACACUUCAAAGAUGUACUAACUGGAAGUGACAUCAUGCUUUUAAAGCUAUCACAGGAACUGAAAACAAACAAAGACAUGAAAAUUGUGAAAAUCCCAGGAAAGAGUAAGAACUUGAAGCCAAAUUCAAAGUGUUUAGUUGCGGGAUGGGGCCAAACUGAACUGAAAAAUGAGGUGAAUGAUCUGCUGUUUACUGAAGUCUCAACUGUCAGAUUGACUGACUGCCAGACGAUGUGGAGAAAGCUGACUAAGACAUUCCCCGACAAAGUUUUGUGCGCUUGGGAUGCCAAAACCAAAAGUGGAGUGGGUAAGGUAGGUUGA